GUGAUCGGAAUCAGAAUAUAUUGAAUUGAUUAUUAAUUAUUGAUAUAAUUUUUCAUUCAAGCUGGCAUCGCGAAGGUUGCUCCUCGUUGGUUUCCACAGUUAUUCACCAACGCUACGCUAUCGUGCUUUUUCCAAUAGGUUAUAAUCUUUACCAUAAUACUUGUUCUGUUUUCAUUUGAUCACUGUUUUGUGCGAUUGAUUAUUUGUGUGUGACCGUGUGUUUGUCUACUUGCAACGCGAACCUCGCGAACGGUUGGACGCAGUCGAUCGCUGCAGCACAGCAGCAUGCCGGCGGGCGGAUGCGCACGGUCGCCGGGCGCUGCGCCCCCCGCCCCCGCGAGCCCCGCGACCCCCGGGGCACCUGCGUCCCCCGGGGCUCCAGCCCCCGGGGCCCCAGUGACCCCCACAGCGCCAGCUAGUGCCGCGGUGCUCAAGCGGUUCGAUGAUAUCGUCAAGAGUCCGGAGGAUCGCCGCGUUUAUAGAGGUCUGCAACUGUCGAACAAUCUCAAAGUGUUGCUGGUCAGCGACCCCAGCACCGACAAGUCGGCCGCUGCUAUGGACGUCAAUGUUGGAUAUUUGAGCGAUCCCGACGAGUUGCCCGGGCUGGCGCACUUCUGCGAGCACAUGCUGUUCCUCGGCACUGAGAAAUAUCCAGAGGAGAACGAAUACAACAAGUUCCUCUCCGAGCACGGCGGCUCGUCCAACGCGUCCACAUCGUCCGACCACACCACAUUCUACUUCGACGUGCUGCCGCAGCACCUGCCCAAGGCGCUCGACAUUUUCGCGCAGUUCUUCAUUUCCCCUCUCUUCACGGAGUCAGCCACAGGGCGAGAGCUGAGCGCAGUGAACUCUGAGCACGAGAAGAACCGCUCGAGUGACACGUGGCGUUUGGAACAGUUGCACAAGAGCACAGCAGACCCUAAGCACCCGUAUCACAAGUUCGGCACUGGUAACCGCGAGACGCUGGAAACGAUCCCAGCGCAGCGAGGUAUAGACGUGCGCGCGGCGUUGCUCGACUUCCACAAGCGGUGGUACUCCGCUAAUAUUAUGGCGCUCGUUGUUGUGGGCCGUGAAUCCCUGGACGAUCUGGAAAACUUGAUAACCCCACUAUUCAGCGCAGUCCGAGAUACCUCGGUCUCCGCCCCGCGCUGGGCGGAGCACCCCUUGCCCCCGGAGAGACUCCGCAAGCGAGCUUACUGCCUGCCCGUCAAGGAUCUAAGGUCACUGUCCAUUGACUUCCCCGUGCCAGAUACAAGGCACCAUUAUAAGAGUGGGCCGGGCCACUAUCUCUCCCACCUCCUGGGGCACGAGGGUCCGGGCAGUUUGCUCGCUGAGCUCAAAGCGCGCGGCUGGUGUAAUAGUUUAGUGGGCGGCACUCGUCUCGGAGCCCGCGGGUUCGGUUUCUUCGGCGUCCAAGUGGACCUCACUGAGGAUGGGGUUAAACAUGUGGACGAUAUCGUCACACUUGUGUUUCAGUACAUAUCGCUGCUCCGUACAACGGGCCCGAUGCGCUGGGUGUGGGAGGAGCAGCGCGAGCUGAUGUCGCUCGACUUCCGCUUCCGCGACACUCUUGAGCCGCGAACACUUGCGCUCGCACACGUGCAUCAGCUGCAGGAGUUCCCAAUACAAGACGUCUUAAGCGCAUACUAUCUCCUUUCGGAAUGGAGACCGGACCUCAUCAGCGACAUGCUCGAGCUGCUCGUGCCGGAUCGAGUGAGGAUCGCUGUUGUUGCCAAGUGUUUUGCGGAGAGAUGCACACAGACAGAGCCGUGGUACGGAACUAAAUAUCUGCAAGAGGACAUUGAGGAAGAGAAACUUAAGGAAUGGAGGGAAGCCAAACCACCCCCCUCUCUACACUUACCACCCCCCAAUGAGUUUAUUCCAAGCCGCCUUGAGUUGGAGACCGAACCUGAUCCUACAGCGGAGGCUGUUGCACCUAUAAUUAUAAGGGACACACCACUAAUGCGCGCGUGGUUCAAGCGAGACAACGAGUUCAAAUUGCCCAAAGCCUUCAUUACGCUGGAUUUGGUCAGCCCGCUGUGCUACGCGUCGCCCGCGCAGUGCAACCUGUGCACGCUGUGGGCGGCGCUCGCCCGCGACGCGCUGCAGCAGCUCGCGUACGCGGCCGACCUCGCCUCGCUGCGCGCCAGCCUCGCCAACGGGAAGCACGGCCUGAGCAUAACAAUAGAAGGCUACGACGACAAGCAAGCGGUACUGCUGGAGAAAGUUCUCUCCCGUGUGAUCGACUUCACGGCGGAUCCCAAACGGUUCGAGAUCAUGAAGGAGAACCACAUUAGAGCCAUCAAGAACUUUGAGGCGGAACAGCCGUAUCAGCACGCAGUAUACCAACAGGCGCUUUGUCUCUCCGAAUUUGUUUGGACCAGAAGCGAAUUAUUAGAAGCCGCUCAAGACCUAACCCCCGCGAUGUUAGACGAGUUCGUGCGUCGCGUGUGUCGCGCGCUGCACGCGGAGGCCCUGCUCGUGGGGAACCUCACCAGAACUAGAGCCGAUAGGGUUGUGGACAUGGUGCAUGACAAGCUCCCAAAGGAUGCGGUGCCUCUACUUGCCCAGCAGUUACUGCUGUGCCGAGAGGUAGAGUUGGAUAAGGGGGCAUGGUACUUACGCGAGACACAGAACAAAGUGCACGCGUCAUCUUGCGCGUCAUUAUACUUAGCGUGCGGCUCGCGAGCUGCUCGACCGAACGUCAUUCUAGAGCUGCUUGCGCAUGCGCUCAGUGAGCCGUGCUUCCAUGUGCUGCGGACACAGGAGCAACUCGGCUACAUAGUGUUCAGUGGCGUGCGCCGAGCCAACGGGGCGCAGGGACUGCGCGUGCUCGUGCAGAGCGAUAGACAUCCGCAGUAUGUGGAGACCAGGGUCGAUGCCUUCCUGCACUCCGCGCUGGAUUAUUUAGAGAAAAUGUCAGAGGAAGAGUUCCUAAAACACCGUUCAGCGCUCGCGGCGCAGCGACUCGAGCGACCGAAGCGACUUGCUGGUAAAGCGUCACAGUUGUGGAGCGAGAUUACUUCACAGAUGUACAACUUCGACCGCGCGCGUCUCGAAGUGGAGGAACUCAACACUGUCAAUAAAGAAGAGCUUAUCGAGUUCUUUAAGAAGCACAUCCACGCGUCGUCACCAACACGCCGCAAGCUGUCCGUGCAUGUCGUGUCGGUAGCGCCCGGUGGGGCCGGCAAUACCGACACUAAUACCGACACCGGUAAUACCGACAACAAGGAUAAGGAGGGGGAGGAGGGGGAGGGGGAGAGACAGCCGGUGCGUAUAACCGAGCUAGUGGAAUGGAAGGCCCGUCGCCGUUUACUCCCACUUCCCGCACCGGCCAACCAUUAUGCGAGGAAGGGGAGGUGCUGUAAACUGUAGGGGGGAGAUGAAGGAGGGGGA